UAAUUAUUAUAUAUAACGCGUAAGUCUAUUCUUUCCGCGUUCUUUCGUGUACAUGAAAAAUUUCACGCACAUGCGUGAAAUUUUUCAUGUAACGGAUAACUAACGCGAAUUCAAUCACCUUGUCAAUUUUCUUCAAACUUUACCAAACUUGCAGGAAUUAUUAAUUAUACUUUCGCGAUAUAUGUUAUUAAGUGAACGUUAGUGCGCGACAGAUUUCAUAAUUUCAAAGUCCAACGUCUAAUGUGAUGUUAGCAGAAGACAAUCAUCAUCGUCGUGUUUCAGAGCACACUUCACUCGGCUGUUUGUUUUCGUCGUGUCCGUAUCAUUUUGAGGACACAGCUUGAAAAUUUUAGUACACAUACAUAUAUUCGACGAUUAAUUACGUGUCACGUCAUAUUACGUCUUGUGUGUUCAGUACUUUCAGAUUUCAGUCUACAAGCAAAAUGAAUUCCGAAUAUUUUAUAAAAAGUUAUGUGAAGAAGCAAAAGAAUAAUCCAAAUGCAUCGUCAGAAUGUAUUUGUUACAGACCACAUUCCAAUAUUAUUUGUAAUGGAUGUGGUUUUUGGACAAAGGGGAGAGUACGUUAUUACUGUCCAGAGCAUCCUAAGAUAGUUUUUCUACAUGAUCAUGAGCAAUGCCCACGUUGUAGAAGCUAUGACUUUAUGCUCACAGAGCUGUAAAGCCAACAAUAAUAUUUUUCUUCUCAGUUUUCUUCAAAA